UCCCCUGAUGAACAGACACCACAGUAUCAGCAAGAGGACCGCUGCUUCCGCUCUGUCUAAAUUUAUCAAUUUGAACCGUUACACAGAGUUGUGCAGAGGAGAAAAGAUGUUUCUACUUUCUAAUUUGCCUCAGUGAUGACCGGCUUGAGAGAUUUUAUUGGUGACCGCAGUGUGGAUCAUUACUGAGUGAUGAUAUUUCUCCAGAUACCUGAAAUGGAUAUGAGCAACAAGACACCAAUUCUUCUCCUCCUAAUUAUCUGCUUAAACUCUGCAUCAGGACAGGAUGUCCGUCGGCCUGAAGACCUGGCGGUGAAUGUUUCAGAUGGUGAUGUGAUAGUACAUUGGAAACACCCUGCGGGAGCCCCCUCAAACUCCAAGUACAAUGUACAAAUGGGAAAGUACAAUGGUGAGUGGGAUAAGGUAAAAAGCUGCACUGGGAUCACAAACCACUACUGUGACCUUAGCAGCUUUAUACUUGACUAUUACAUUCACUACAAGGUCAGAGUCCAGCUGGUCACAGGACAUUACAAGUCUGAAUGGAUAAGCAAGAGAAUUCGCCCAAAUGAAAGUAAGUUGCAGCCUCCCUCGUUCAGUUUGUUGGCCACUUCCAGCACUCUAUCUGUUUCUGUUCACAAGAAACCCAUUCUGAGGAAGCUCUUUCCAUUUGGGCUUACCUACACCAUCUACCUGGAGGAGAGAGGGCAAGAUAAUAAGACUACUACAGCAUACCUGACAGAUGAUGUGGGGUUGGAUCAGACGACUAAGACUUUCAGUUCUCUCCACUGGGGGAGAGAGUACUGUGUCAGCAUGGUGGUAGCGGGUAAUGCAGCUCUCUCCAUCAGUGCUCUGUCUCCUACACAGUGUCUGCAGCUACCGGAGCAAGAAUGGUACAUAAUCGCCAUAUCGUCCUUAUCUAUUCUGGGUGUGCUGAUGAUCAUUGCUAUCAGUGCAGCCAUCCUCCUGUGUUACCUGAAACGACCAGAGAAAAUACCUGCUGUAUUGAAAUCCCCUUCAAGCUACUGGCUUCCACUCAGUGUUGGAGAAGGAACUAUUGAGGUUGUCACAGACAGAGGAUGGUUCCUGUCCAGUUACAGAACAGAAAUGAAAAACUGUGUCAAAGACCCUGUGACCCACGUGACAGUAAUAGAAGACAAUGAAGAGGAAGAGAGGAGGACAAGCAUGGACAGUGGGGUCAGCAUGGUGUCCAGCUCUGCUAUAAAAAAUGAAGGUAGUCCUGUAAUGAAACAAGAUGACAGUGGCUGUGGGAGCUUGGGAGGACCAGAGAGCUCCACCAGCAGUCAGACAGAUUACCCCAUGCCAGAUGAGAGGACUGAUACUGACACAGUAGGGAAAAGAAAGGAUAGUGGUUUGGGGCUGGGCUGCCAGCUCCAUUCUUCUUCCAUGAAUCUGGAUGGACAGGACAACAGGCUUCUAAAGGAGACUGUUCUUGGGGGCAAUUAUCGCACCCAAAGCCCCUCUGCUGUGCAGAUUCAUGUCUGCAAUGAUGAGGAGGGGUUAAAUCAGAUACUUCCAGAUACAGAUUUGGCCGAAGUGGUCACAGGUUACAAGGCUGGAACUCAGUCAUGUAUCUGUUCAGGGGCAGGUCAGUGCACUUGGUGCCAUAAACAAGGUCAUUAUGGAUCUGAAGUUAUCAAACAAUAUAGAGCUAUGUGUAUAGAAAAUGGAUCACUGAGCAGCAAAUGUGAUUUUGUGGACUCUUACAAAGCCAGUUAUUCUAAAAAAUCACAAAUGAACUCUGUCAUGAUGGAUGAUUUUAAAAACACUUUUUCAAAACUAGGGGAGACUUUCCCUCUGCUAACAACUCUGGUGGAGGGAGAACAUGACUUCAACAUGAACAAUGUGUCUCUCUCACUAUGUGACGUACAGCUUACAAAUGACUGACACACUAUGCAGCGUAACAACGCUAUUUAUAAAAUCAAGCUGACGUAACCUGUCUGAGCGGUGUGCUGAAAAGAAUACACUUCCCUUUUUCCCUUUUUCCCACAUGACACACUUUUUGAAUGAUGAAAUAGAAGCAUUAAUUUGUAUUUGGGGAGUAUGUUGGUGUAUUUUGGGGAAAAAGGGGAGAAGUGUAGGGAGGAAACAGAGCACUCAGCGCCUUGUUGCUGAACGUAGGAAGGAAAGAGAGGUUUAACCACACAGCUGAGGGCUGGUGGCUGUUGGUGUGUCUCAGGACUUCACACAGUUAGACAUUUUAAUGUCAAAAGCCUUAUUCAUUGCUGUCUCACUUGGUAUAUUAACAACCGACUAAAAUGCAGUAUGCAGGAAGUGAAACUUAGCAUGGGAGUGAUGCAGAGAAACCGUUCGACAGUUACAUGGUUUUGGGCAUUUUGCUAUUACACCUCAGUCAACACUUGUUAAGUGCAAACAUUUAACAACAACUAUUAGUAAGGAUGUUCUGUCACAGUCCGUUUUUAACAUUCUCUGACUCAGAAAGUGACUCUCAUAUGUCUUAUACUGUAGGUGUGUCUUUAAGCUACUUCUGUUUAAACUAUUUAUUAAAUGUUAUGAAAAAACAUG